UCCGGGUCACUGAAGAGGCAGGCGGGGACACUGGGUCCCAGCGGCCAGAGUCCUUAUUUCUGGUCGUGCGGAGUUAAUCAGUAAUAUUCUGCUAUACACUCAUCCUGAUCAGGACCCUGAGCACAGGCUGCCACCAUGUCGGUGAAAUUUGAGAUUACCAACAUGGACAUGAAGCUGGGGAAAACCCUGAAGCUCAAGGGCAAGAUCGCUGAUGACAUUGAUGGCUUUGCAAUUAACCUGGGCCAGGGUGCAGAUGAACUGGCCUUGCACUUUAACCCUCGCUUCAAUGAAUCCACCAUUGUCUGCAACUCACGGGAAGGUGGCAACUGGGGACGAGAGCAGCGAGACAGUCACAUGUGCUUCAGCCAGGGGUCAGAGGUUAAGCUCUCUGUGACCUUUCAGACUGAUGAAUUCAAGGUGACACUGCCAGAUGGCUACGAGUUGACCUUUCCCAACAGGGUGGGCCACAGCCACCUGAGCUACCUGUAUGUCCGAGGCCUCCACAUCUCUUCCUUUAAGGUUGACUGAGUGUGCAGCACCUCCUCAAAUCCAAGUCCCCAGCCUGGACUCCCUGUCCUGAGCCUUCCUGCAGCACCUCCAGGAUCACAGGCCCUUGGCUCCUAGAGCUGUUUCCCAGCCCUUCACCUGCACUUCCUGCCCCUCUGGCCCAUUUCCUUUCCCCCAAAUCAAGAGGAAACACGUUUAUGCAGCA